AUGCCAACAUCGCUUGCUAACCAUUCGCAGAUGGCACGCUUCCAGGAAUACCAGAUUAUCGGCCGCCAUCUGCCUUCAGAGGCCAACCCCGCGCCUAAGAUCUACCGCAUGCGCAUCUUUGCGCCCAACGAGGUUGUCGCCAAGUCACGGUUCUGGUACUUCCUUGGCAAGCUCCGCAAGAUCAAGAAGGCCAACGGUGAGAUCGUCUCCGUAAACCAGAUCCACGAGAAGAAGCCCCAGAAGGUCAAGAACUUCGGUAUCUGGCUCAAGUACGACUCGCGCUCCGGCACCCACAACAUGUACAAGGAGUACCGCGAGAUGUCCCGCGUCGCCGCCGUCGAUGCUCUCUACCAGGACAUGGCCGCCCGUCACCGAUCGCGUUUCAGGCAGGUUCAGAUUCUCAAGGUCGUUGAGGUCGAGAAGGCCGACGACAUCCGCCGACCAUACAUCAAGCAGCUCCUUACCAAGAACCUCAAGUUCCCGCUGCCCCACCGCAUCAACAAGAAGGCUGGCAAGAAGGUCUUCUCCGCUACCCGACCUUCCACUUUCUUCUAA